GCGCCACCGCGUGACGUCACCGCGCUCCGGUCCCGCCCACCGCCCGCCCGCGGGGCGCCCUGAGGGCUCCGGGCAAGAUGGCGGCGGCCGCGGCGCUGAGGGGCGGUGGGAGGGCGCUGAGCCGCGAGGUGUUGCAGCUGGAGGCGAGGGGGCUUUGCACGAAGCCGGUGGGCACCGGGAUGGCGCCGCCAAAGAUUUCUCCAGGCUGCUGUUUGGCUGGGUCAGUCUGUGCAGGGAGUCAGACCUCUUCCAAAGGUGGCUGCCCAUCCUCCUGCCUCCCCCUGCCCUUCCUUCCCAUCCUGCACCUUCCAUCUGGCACAGAGAACUCUCUCCUGCUGUCUGCAGACAAAGGUGAGAGCAUUUCUAGUACCACCCUCAAGGAAGCUGCAAAGCCUGCUGAAGACACAGGGAUGACCAUGUCAAGAAAAACUGAGGUUGCAUUUCCUCAGCGAGGAGGAGUUGCUUCCUCCCAUGAGGAGGAAAAACUCACCACACCUGCAGCAGGAAGAGGCCUGAGGAAAGAGUUAGCUGAGGAACAGACUUCAUCCAGCUCAGAGUCAGAUUCUAGCUCAGAUUCAGAGGAUGAAAAUGUUGAUGAUUCACAAGUUGCCGUUAAAACUAAAGUUGAGUUUCCCAGACGAGAUGCCAUCUUUUCUGAGAACAUAGCAGUAAAGGCAUCAAUGCUGGCAAAAGAGAAAUUGUCCCAGAAAUCCCUCAAAGAAUACGGAAUUAAGAAGCUGCCACGCAAACCAGAAAUUAAUGUGUCUUCUGUAAAGCAGGUCAAAUUUUCUAAAUCAUCAGUCAGCCAAGAAACAUCAAAAUCCAAAGGAAGAGACCCCAAAGUAAAAUCCCCUCCAAAAGAACGGAAGUUGGUCUUAGAACCACAUGUGCUGAAAAGUCUGGACCUGACCAAUGUCACUCAUAAAUCUGAUCCUGGGGAGGAAAAGUCCAUUGGAACCCAGGUAGCAGCUAUCCAGCUGAAAGCUUCAGCAGUGACUCAGGAAGACAAAAAGCAAGAUCUGCUAUCCAGAGGAGCGAAGGAAAAGAUGAAGGAGGCACAAGAGUUGGAAGCAAAAGAAGUAACUGCUCCUAAAGUGGAAGAGACUUCUGGAAGCACAGUGUUGGCGAUGGGCACCACAGCAAGGGAGGAGACCACGCAGGAAUCAGGAGUCCAGGCUGGAGAAAGCAGCACAAUUGAGGAGACUGGUCAGCCUGCUCCGGAGGAGUUUGAUAAUUCCACCUACAAGAACCUGCAGCACCACGAGUAUCACACUUUCACCUUUCACGAUUAUAUCGCUGUCCUCGCCAAGUACAGGCAGCCUCAGCCAUCCUCUGGAAGACCAUCACCAAGGCACUGAGAGAGCCACACCUACAGCAAACACCCAGGCUGCAUGGUGAAUCGUUCUCUUUAGCACUGUUGCUUCAUCUGUAUAAUUGAAAUCAGAUAAUAAAUAAUAAAGGCAUAAUAA